GCGCCCUAUAAAUUCAAUCUCCCAUUGAAGAAACGCCCGCCCGGGGCAAAGAGACAACCUCAUUCCAGAAAGAACGUUGAGUUAAUGUUCAUGUACCUUAGAUCCCUCAAAGAAGCUCUGCAAUUCCACGCCCUUUCCAUUAAAUCCGGCCGCCGUCCGCCGGUCGCCGCCGCUAACAACCUCAUACAUCUCUACUCCAAACACGGCCUCACUCAUGACGCCCGCAAGGUGUUCGACGAAAUGCCUCAACGAAACAUCUUCUCAUGGAACACCAUACUCCACGCUCACGUCGCCGCCGGAGACUUCGAUCGAGCGAAAGCUGUAUUCGAUUCUUCGCCAUGCAGAGAUUCCGUUUCGUUCAACACAAUGAUCUCCGGCUACGCUCAUUCCGGCGACGAGAGCGACGCCGUUGAGUUAUUCGUUCGCAUGCAGUCCGAGGGCGGCGAUGCAGCUCGGGUCGACGAGUUCACGGUGUCUAUGAUGCUCAAUUUAGCGGCCAAUUUGGGAGGUCCGGUUUUCGGGAGAGAAAUGCAUUCGAUUGCGGUGAAGACCGGGAACGACUCGAGCGGAUUCGUGUCGAGCGCUUUGAUAUAUAUGUAUUCCAAUUGCGGCUUUUUUCCGGAUGCAUGCCGCGUCGUCGACGAUCAUUAUUGUCGCGAUUCGUUUGUGAAGAACGCGUUGCUCGCCGCGUGUUGUCGGGAGGGCGAAAUGGGAAUGGCGAGGGAGGUAUUCACUCGAAAUCCCGAUUUGAACGACGUCGUGUCGUGGAACACGUUGAUCUCUGGGUACGUUCAAAGCGAGCGUGACGAGGAAGUGGUGGAGAUGUGCGUGCGCGCGAUCGAGUCGGGAAUACGGUGGAAUUGUUACACGUUUGCCGCUUUGUUGUCGGCUUGCGGCGCGUUGAGGUGGUCGAAGCUCGGGAAGGAAGUUCACGGUCGAGUCUUGCGAGACGGGAUUUUUUCGAAUCCGUAUUUGAGUAGCGGCGUCGUCGACGUGUACGCCAAAUGCAGUGAGAUGAGGUACGCCGAGCGCGUGUAUAGAGUAUGUGGACAGGGGAACGUAUUCGCAACGACUUCGAUGAUCGUCGGAUAUUCGACGAAAGGAGACAUGUUGAGCGCGAGACAACUCUUCGACAUGUUGCCCAAUAAGAAUUUCGUCGUGUGGACGUCGAUCAUUUCGGGCUACGCAAAGCUCCAACGAUGCGAGGAAGCGUUCAUUUUAUUCCGCGAGUACGCGGUGACAACGUUUCCCGAUUCGGUGAUACUCGUCGUUAUGCUCUCCGCUUGCGCGACGUCGGCGACGGUCGGCGCGGGGAAGGAAAUCCACGCGCACAUGUUGAGGACGCGAACAACUUUCGACGAGAAAGCGACGAGCGCAUUAAUGGACAUGUAUUGUAAGAGCGGAGUCUUAUCGUACGCGAAGCGAGCGUUCGAAAGAUUUUCCACCCCCGACAUCGUCGUGUACAACGUCAUGAUCGCAGGAUUCGCCCACCACGGGCACGACGUCGAAGCGAUCGAACUUUUCGACGAAAUGGUCGAUCGAGGGAUAAAUCCCGACGCCGUCACAUUCGUCGCGCUUCUCUCCGCCUGUCGCCACCGCGCGCUAGUUGAGAGGGGCGAAAGCUACUUCUCGUCGAUGAUUAAAAUCUACGGGAUCGAGCCGGAGAUGGAUCACUACGCGUGCAUGGUCGACUUAUACGGAAGGUCGAACCGAUUCGAGGAGGCGGUCGCGUUCAUCGAGAGAAUGCCGGUGGAGCCGGAUCCGAUCGUGGCGAGCGCGUUUCUAAGUUGUUGCCGGAAUGUCGAGGCGACGAGGAAGGUGGAGGGCAAGUUGUUGGGGGCUGAGGGGGGCGGAGACCCCCACGGGGGGCGGUAUGUACAAGUGGCGAGGGCAUACGCGCGGGGAGGCUUGUGGGCGGAGAUGGGCCGGGUGAUGAGGGAGAUGAGAGGGAGGGAGGUUAAGAAAGUCGCCGGAUGUAGUUGGGUGCACGUCGCUGGCGGCGUCCAUACGUUUAUUUCCGGCGACCGGUCGCACUCGCAGGCGGAGGCGAUAUACCGGACGUUGGAUUGCCUGACGGGCAGGUCGGAAGAGGAAAGAAAUGAAUUUUUUUUGGAUGUUUAGUUAUGAUAUUACUUUGAACGAUGAGAAAUUUUCCCGUAUAGUUUUUUUUUUCAACGACGUUGAGUCAUUUUUUAAAACACAUGUGAUUAUGAUGCAUAAAAUUCGUAGCAUAACCUAUAUGCAAUGUGUUAUGGUUA